AUGUUUAGAUUCGGAGAAUUAACAGCGGCUUUGUCUGAAGGAGCCCCUCAGCUUGCGAGUGGCUGCCCGUCACCUACCUCUGUCAGUUUUUCAGGCGGAAGCACUUACCUUCAGCCUGCCAUCGACAGCAUGCUCACCUGCCAUCCUUCUAUUCAGCAGGUUCGCCAUCUCUCCACUGUUCUCAUUGUGAUCCCACCGCCGGUUGGUAUCGAGGAGGUGUUGACAGCAUCAGUGUCAACAGCGAAGAAUCGCCAGCAGCGUGUCUCAGGACCCUCUCACCUGGCUAAAGGUCUCGCUCUCUGCCACCUCACUUCAGACCAGCAAGCAGAGAAGAAACGAGAUAUAUCCCGCCAAUAUGUCCCGCCGUAA